AGCAUCACAACAUUCUCAAAGUUGUUACAUAUUCACAUCUAUCUACAUACACUUGAUUUUCGUAUUCUCAUACAUAAUAAUAUUGUAGUAUUUCGAUCAAUUCAAAUCUUUUUAAUUUCGAUCUUUUAUUUAAUUUUGAUUAGUAGUUAUGGACUACGUGAUUAGGAAGAGAACGAAAAAAAUAAACAAAAAUGGGGUACUAAAACCCUUACAAAUUGGUUGUAAUGGAGGAUUAAAAGUGUUAGAGGGGGGAGGAUGGAGCUACUUAGUCCUGCAUCAGUCGCGUUCCAUAAGCCAGACUUUAAUAUACAUGUAAUGGCUAUUUUCGGCGUAAAAACUCCCGUUGAUAUUGAGCUUUUGAAGGCUAAAUUUCCAACUUCCCUUUGCAAGCACCCUCGUUUUUCUAGUCUUGUGGAAGGAGAUCCAUCUAAAGGAGAAGAAUUGAAAUGGGUAAGAACAGAAAUAAACCUAGACAAGCACAUUAUAGCUCCAAAAAUAAACUCCGAAGACAUAAAGUCACCAGAUAAAUAUGUUGAAGACUACAUAUACAACCUUAGUAAAACAACCUUAGACAAAUCAAGGCCACUUUGGGAUAUCCAUGUACUCAACCUUAAACUCUCAGAGGAAGUCGAGGCUAUAACAAUAACUCGGAUUCAUCAUUCACUAGGAGAUGGAACAUCUUUAAUCUCUUUGUUGUUGGCACUUACGCGUAAGACCUCCGAUCCAGAGGCCUUGCCAACCAUUCCUGCUCCAAAGAUUAAGCGCGAUGAUGAUAAUCGUAAAGGGAUUUUUUGGAGAUGGAUUUUGGCCUUAUGGUUGAUCUUGAAGUUGUUUUGGAACACUUCGAUGGAUGUAUUGAUGUUUGUAGCAACGACGUUGUUUUUGAAGGAUAAUUCUCCAUUUAAGACUUCUCCAAAUGGAGGAAAUGUCUCUAGGCGUGUUGUUUACAAGAGUUUUAGUCUUCAAGAUAUGAAAUUCGUCAAGAAUGCAAUUGGUGCUACGAUCAAUGAUGUUGCACUUGGAAUCACACAAGCUGGUUUAUCUCGCUAUCUUAGUAGGAAAUAUGAAAAUGAAGGAAACAAUCAUGAAGUUACAAGAGAGAAAACAAAAAAAUAUCUCAACAAUAUUCGUCUUAGAUCGGUUCUUCUCGUCAAUAUUCGACCCUCUGGAGGAAUUCAGGAUUUGGCUGAUAUGAUGGAGAAAGAUGCAGAAGCUAAAUGGGGAAAUGCAGUUGGUUACGUGCUUCUUCCGUUUGCCCUUGGAUUGCAUGAUGAUCCUUUAGACUAUAUUCGAACUGCCAAAACCACCGUUGAUAAAAAGAAGCAUUCCUUAGAAGCUAUUUACACUUUUUUCAUGGCUGAAGUUGUCAUGAAAUUUUUUGGUUCCAAGGUUGCAAGUGUGAUAUCUGAUAGAAUCAACUCGCAUACAACUAUCGCCUUCUCAAAUCUACCUGGACCUUUGGAGGAGAUAGGCUUUUAUGGACUUCCAUUGACUUUUCUUGCUCCAACUUCCUACGGUCAACCACAUCCUGUGAUGAUAAACUUCCUAAGUUAUAGUAACAAGAUGACAGUGGUUCUAGCCGUAGAUGAAUACACGGUUCCGGAUCCUCAUCAAUUGUGCGACGACAUUGCUGAAUCUCUCAACCUAAUCAAGGAUGCUGUUAUAACACAAGGUCUUGUCAAACAAGAUCACUCUGUGAUGUAGUCAUAGUACGUGUCACGGUCCGAGUGUGUUGCCUCCCACGCGGCUGGGAAGGACUUAUCAAUUGACAGCACCAUCUCCGCCAUCAACAACCACCCAUCACCGCAAUGCAACCUCCACCACCACCACCGCAACUUUUUUGUUGUAUAUAUAUACCUAGAUAUAUUAUUCCACUAAAUAAAUUAAAUGGAAUAUAGUAUACCCCAAAAUAAAGAAUUACUGCGUGGUAUGAAUAUAAUAUAAUUCCUUCGUUCAUUUUUAUUUACUACACUUAAGUCAAAAAGUUCUCACCUUUUAAGUCAAACUGUUGCAGUUAAAAGUGAACAGAAGAAGUAUAGAUACGUUACUUUUUUUUCCGUGGAUAGCCCUAGUCAAGUCUUGUUUGUAGAUAUUAGACGAUUCAAAUUAAAUACGUGGAUGUGUAUAAUAAAUGUAAACCUAAUAUAAAGUGCUCUUUAUUUUUCAUUCA